AUGAAAGACUCGCCGCUGUUGCUGCGCCCUCAGCGUCAUACGUCUGGUGGGCAGACACCAGCUCGACAAUCGAUGCGCGUAUCGGACGAUAUACUCGCCUACAUCACACCUGCUUCGGCGCUCGACGCUCUUACGCACCCCGUCGAACCCUUGCGAACAUGUCUGGACGAGGCCUCUGCCGCCGAGAAGGAAUUCGCCCUCCGUACAGCUGCCGCCAGCCGAAAAGUGUGGGAAUGGGUCGAGGAGCUCAGCAAAUGGUCGUGGCCGAGCGAAGGUGGUUCAGCUGGGUUUGAGCCACCAGAGGGCACAGCCCGACGCUUGUUUGUGAGCGCCACAGCAACGCCGGAGGAAGACAAAAAUGCAGUCUACAUGGGCAGCUUGCGCAGCGACUACGUUGCGCGAUAUGGACGACGGAUAGAUGAAGUCCACGCGGCUCUGGACGAGCUGGCGGUGGAUGAGAUCAAGAGACACGUCAUGACGAACCACAUCAUGCCGCUAUCGAGACCGGCCACACCAAUCCUCGGGUUGGGGAAAAUGUCGGGUGCCGCAUACAACCGUAUGGAAGACCUUACAGCGGUCGUUACCGCGAUCGUGCUACAAACAUUACCAAAUCUGGCGAAGCUGUCGGGCUUGUUGCAAGUGUGGAGUAUACGGGUCGUCGUGUUGCGGCACAUCCCCGGACUGUUGCGUGCUAUCGAGGAAGCAGAGGUAGCACUCAGGUCAGGGUGGACUGCCAUCACAAGCCGUACAGGGUCAGAUGGCGAUGCGCUUCCAACCUUGUCCCGCAGCGACUUUCAGGUCAUGCGAUCUGUUAUUGAGAAGAAGGUUACGAUUCCGGCCCGGACACUCGACUAUAUGCUCGACCGGCUAGAGGGUCUCACAGAUACUCUGCCCGACAUCUGGCUAGAUCGAAUGGAGGCGGUGGAGCACGGCUACGGUGACUGGGUAGCUGCAAGCGAGCGGCGAAUAGCAGAGACAGCGUGGGCAAAGGGGAGUCAACCACGGUCCAGCGAUGGUGCUCUCGCUCUGCCCCUGCCCAUCGCGACAAAGGACGGCGAGGAGCCAUCAAAGAGAAAACGUGACGCCCGGCAAGUGUCAAACGGCUCUACAGUCUCCACCACUCCAUCGGAAGCCACUCUAAAGCCCCCAGGCUCGCCACGCCAGGACUUGCCGAAGCUGCAGCUGGCGAAUGCGCCAGAGUCAGCUUCACUCGACGGGGCCUACGAGGAGAUCCCGCGCCUUCGGAUACCUACCCCCAUCAGAGAGGAGACUGCCGCGUCUCCUCAGCGAUCUCACAAGUGGAACGUGGAGGACGACAUGUAUGCCCCUGAUGAUGAUUUUGGGUCAGACUUGAUCGGUGACGAUUCCGAAAUGAUGGACCUCCCGCCCCUCAUCAACAGCGACCGCCGCGAGAGUGAUGUUUCCCAGAACUCGACCAUGCUGCACGGCGCCUCGAGCAGUUUCCUGUCUGAUGAGCCACCAGAGGUCUCUGCGUCCCCGGCUCUCAACAGGCCCAGGAAACUGAGAACCAGGCCCGAACAGGGAGGCAGUCCUCCUAGCUCGCCGCCGAUGGCCAAGUCGGGCGCACGCUCGUCAUCGGCCGUACCCCACGACGACUCGUCCUUGAUGGAGAACGACGACGCGACGCUCCCACGGACACCCGUGGAAGACAGCUCUUUCUCAGAGUACUUUGGUGAAUCCAUGGUCUCCGAUGUUGCGGCGAGCCCCAGCGUGCGGCGCGGGAGCUCGGGCGACCAGCAACUGCGGCAGCAAAUUAGCGAUAUCAUCGACAGCAUCCCCGCCAAGAUCAAGCUGACGACGGAGCCGCCCAAUCUCAACCCACCCGAUCUACAGCUGCCCCGUCUCCGGAAGCAGCCCUCCAAGGAUUUAUUCAAAAGAAGCUUGUCAAGCGUUUCCAACAUGUCAUCACGCACGACGACGCCCUCGUUCACACUCUCGCCUGCCAAGAACGCACGUCCACGUUCGCAACGAGGCCAGCAGGAGAUCAAGGUCUAUCACCUCGCACGAUCAACAGGCGAGGCCCCCAUCAAGUUGUUCAUCCGCUGUGUCGGGGAGAACGGGGAGCGUGUAAUGGUCCGCGUGGGCGGUGGCUGGGCGGAUCUCAGCGAGUACCUGAAGGAGUAUGCCAGUCACCAUGGCAGGCGGUCCAAGGGCAACCACAACGCCAAGGUGGAAAUCAGCGACGCGCCCCGUGGUUCGGGCCUCCAGAUGCGCUCAAGUCCGCCUAGCAGACCGGCGUCCGCACUCGAGGCCACGCCCAUGUCGCCGUUAGCUGUGCGCAAGACGCGCCGCAGUAUGGGCGCCGCCGGCAACGAGAGGCCCCGUCUACGGCCUACUACGCCUGGGCCGCUGCCGGGCCCGCUGCCGGCGCCAUCGUCCGAGGACCGCUCCACGCGUUCGAGAUCGUCCUCCCGUCUCAGCUGGGUCGAGGAUGACAGCUCCUUCCUAGGGUUGGCUGGGCCGACGGGCAGAAAGGUUGAGAUGAGCGAGGAGAACAAAGCAUGGGUGGAGAGCGUCAAGGAAAAGGUCCGACUCGCAAGCGGCGAGCGAAAGAUAGCCGGGUCGAAGCCGCACCACCAGUUUGGCGAGCUGGGUAGGGUGGGUGGGACGAAGAGGCUUUUCCGGCAAAGCCAGGGUCCGGGCCAGGGUCAGCAAAGCCAAGGGUCCAAGAAGUGA